AUGAGAGCCGGGCUUGCUGGUCUCGCAGCCUCCGGCCUGCUCCCUCUGCUGAGCCAACACUCUACAUGUCUGGCAGCGGGUUUGAGCCAUCGAGCCUCAGCUUCGAACGCUGCAAAUCCGAACAUCCGCCUCUUCCCACUCCUGACCAAGCUUCGCGAUAACGCGGUAGAGCUUCUUUUCGGACGCCAUCCGUCCAGAAACGACAAUCAACGCAUUGUUCCUUCCAGUCUUCGAGCUCGGUUCUCCAAUGAACUCGUAUUACGCUUCAAUGUCACCACGACUGAAGAGGAGGUCGCCCUCGCUGAUGCGUCCGCCCGGCUGUUUUUAGAUGUUUGGGCAUUCACGGAUGCUUUUGUGGACAUCCGCAUGCACCGUGAUGAAGUAUCUCCGCUCCUUAGUCUCCUCCCGCCAUCGCUUCAAGGUGCGCAAUCGACUUUGAUUCCGGAUCUUGCGUCCGCGGUGUACAACUCCAUGCCAUCCAAUCCUCACGAAGCAACAACCGAGACCGAUGAAACGCUCUCACUGGCAUCGGCUUCAUUUCCGGCAUCUGGUGACAACCUAUUUUUCCAAGAUUAUCAGCCUUUACCCGUUAUUGUUCGGUGGAUGCGUUUGCUUGAGGCAAUGUUUCCCUCCUAUGUUGAAUAUAUUUCUAUUGGUACAUCCUUUGAGGGAAGAGAAAUACCAGCCUUGCGAAUUGGCCUGUCGUCAGCCGCGGACCCUACUAGCCCGCGAAAGACAAUCAUAAUGACCGGCGGCCUUCACGCCAGAGAGUGGAUCUCAACCAGCACGGUAAAUUACGUGGCCUGGUCUUUUAUCACAUCUUUUGGAAAGGAGCGAAUGAUUACGAAACUUUUGCACGAGUUUGACAUCGUCUUCGUCCCUGCGCUCAAUCCCGAUGGCGUAGAGUACUCGUGGCACGUGGAUCGGCUAUGGCGUAAGUCCAGGCAGCAAACCAAUCUUCGGUACUGUCGUGGUCUGGACCUUGACCAUGCCUUUGGGUACGGCUGGGACGGCUCACAGUUUCAGGCUGACCCAUGCUCAGAGAGCUAUGGAGGAGAGCAACCUUUCCAAGCCGUUGAAGCAAUGCAGCUAGCAACUUGGGCUCGAAACGAAACGCUCAACAAUGUCAAGUUUGUGGGUCUCGUUGACUUGCACUCUUAUUCGCAACAAAUUCUGUUCCCAUAUGCGUUUUCUUGCCAGGCUGUACCCCCGAACCUGGAGAACCUGGAGGAACUUGCGGCAGGCAUAGCAAAGGCUAUACGCUUGGCGAACGGGGAGUCGUAUUCCGUCACCUCAGCUUGCGAGGGUGCGGCUGCAACGAAAGAUCAGUCUAUUUCCCGUAUGGAAUCAGGAGGCGGUUCUGCAAUUGACUGGUUUUACCAUGAGAUCGGCGCUCACUUUAGUUAUCAGGUCAAGCUACGGGACACGGGCAGCUACGGGUUCCUAUUGCCGAGGGAAUAUAUUGUCCCCACCGGAGAGGAAAUGUUCAAUGCGAUGAAGUACUUUGGGGACUACCUUUUGGGAAAUAAUGGGAUCGAAAGGGUAUCAGAUGAAAUGGGGACUCGACCCGGUGAUGGAUCGGCAUCUGGUGAAUACGACUAUGGGUCUGCCAACCAAGAGCUCAAGCGAAGGCGACUGUACCGCUGA